AUUCUUGCUCUUCUCAUUUCACCAUUCACCACGCACAUAAUAACAAAUAACCACGCGGAGAUCGCAACAUAAACAAUGGAACUAAGUAAAAAGUCAAAGAAAUCGAAGAACGCCAAGAAGUCGAAGGCUCCCAAGGACUCGGCCGUUUCGCUUAAAUUGACGGCUCUACAUCGCAAGCAAAAGGAAGUGGCCCGCGUGCUGACCCUCAAACAGGAAAUCCUUUUAAGAUCUGGGGUGUCCUAUUUGGAGUACCUGGAAAUCAGGGCAGAGAUUGAGCGACUAAAUGGCGUGAAGGAGACUUUUUCGCGUCGUGCCGACAAAUUGAAACAACAAGACAAAUAGUUUAUAGAUCGAUUUAUUUUAAGAAAACAAUAGAAAUGUAAUGAAAUCAGUCUGAAAUAUGUAUGUA